UCUUCCUAUGUAAACAUUUAUUGUAGCAAAGCAAGCAAACCCAGCGAACCAAGACCAAACCAAACCAAAACAAAAGGAAGCGAAACUCCUUUCGUUGUUUGAAGUUUGAAACUGAUUUCCACCCGAAGCUCUCAACCCAGUUCUCAGGGUAUGGAUGAAGAUUUAGGUGACAAGGAGGCAUUGCUGGCUCGCAUUCAGCAGGUGGAACGUGAGCGUGAUGAAUUACGUAAAGACAUCGAACAAUUGUGUAUGCAGCAAGCUGGGCCAGGCUACCUUGUUGUGGCUACUAAGAUGCAUUUUCAAAGGACAGCUGGCUUGGAGCAGGAGAUUGAGAACCUGAAAAAGAAGCUAGCUACUUGCUCAAGAGAGAAUGUGAAUCUUCAAGAGGAGCUCUCUGAGGCUUAUAGAAUCAAAGGCCAGUUGGCCAAUAUGCAUACUGCAGAGGUUGCAAAGAAUUUGGAAGCUGAGAAGCAGCUUAAAUUUUUCCAGGGUUGUGUAGCUGCAGCUUUUGCCGAACGGGAUCAGUCCAUAAUGGAGGCUGAAACGGCUAAAGAGAAAGAGGAGCUCGUGUCAUAUAAACUGAGUCUGAUAGAUAAGAGGAUGGAAGAGCUUACUGCAGAUUGUUUUCAACAGAAGGAACUUAUUGAUAAAUUACAUACUGAUUUAGCAAUGCAAGAGGAGCAGAAUGCAACUUUUAAGAAGGUCAUUGAUAAGUUUUAUGAGAUCAGGCAAGAUUCUUCGGAGGGAUAUGGGGAUACAAGUUGGGACACGAAAUGCACGUGCCUUUUGGAUGAUCCUGCAGAAUGGUGGAGCUUCAAUGACACUUCUACAUCUAAAUAUAUUAGUUCAUUAGAAGAAGAGCUUGAGAGGGCGAGGAAAUCUGCUGGUAAUCUUCAAAACAGGCUACGGGUGGGUCUGGAAAUUGAAAAUCAUUUAAAAAGGAGAGUUUCUGAAUUGGAAAAGAAGAGAAACCGUACAGCUGGAAUGAUAACAAAAGAGGUGGUAGAGUUGCGUCAUUACUAUUCUCAGCAUAAAGUUUACAUCAUGAAUUUGCUUGAUGAGGGAAACAGUUGUAUCAAAUCAAUAAUUGAUGCAGUGGAAAAGAAGUGUAGGCAAAUUGAUGCGAGCAGACUACAGAAGUUGGAUCCACCUCCUGAAGAUGUAAAGCAAGAUGAAUCUGAAUGCCAAGAUGUACAUGAAAUUACAGGUUCUGAACCCCAAGUGGUAUUUAAGGAUGGUGACCCUAGCGUAUUAGACAUGGUGACUGUUGGGGAGGGUGCUUCCUCCAGCGCCCUUGCACAGGCACUGCAAGAUAAGGUUGCAACAUUAUUGCUUUUAUCACAGCAGGAAGAAAGAUAUCUACUGGAUAGAAAUGUGAAUGCUGCUCUGCAAAGUAAAAUAGAUGAACUUCAGAAAAACCUAUUACAGGUUACCAAUGAGAAGGUCCGAGCUCUAAUGGAAUUGGCACAAUUAAAGCAGGAUUAUCAUCAACUUAAAGAGAGGAUUGGUCAGGAGGCGAAAAGAGGCAAAUCAUCUGCUGAAAUUGGGGACAGGAGACUAGUUGCUCAUGAAAGAGAUGGAAAACUAAAGAGCUUGCUGAAGAAAACAUACUUGAACCGGUGGGUUGGAACUGUAGACUUGAGGGGAAAUGAAGCUGACCUAAAUAGCAUGGAGUUUGUGAGGAUGAAGAUUGAAAAUGCAACCCUUAGGGAAAGCAUUGGAAGUAUUGAACAUCUGACCACCACAGUUCAUAGGCUUCGUCUUGCACUUUUAAAGGCGAAGGAGUCGGUGUCUUCUGGAGACACAAUGCUUGCUAGCCUGUUAGAAACUCUGGAAAACAUUACUAACGAAGCAAAACUAGUGAAGACUGCACUUGGAAGUUCCCUACCAGUUAGUUGGUCAGCAGAAGCAGAUGUUGAAUUCAGUGGUCAUAGUGUUGGCCAUGAGCCUGGUAUAGUAUAUGAGGAGCCCAGUCAUGAGAAGGUAGAUUCAGUUUAUGCUGCAGGGUUUGAGAUGGUGGAACUCCUGAUUCUAGCAUCGCAGAUAUUAAAGGACAACACAAGCAAAAGUGAACCCUUAGAUGGAAACUCUAGCUAGGUAAAAUUUAAAAUUGGUGACUUUGAUGCUAAAGCAUAACUGGUACCUUACAAAUUGAUAUAGGAGAAGUUCUAUCAAAGUGGAAAAUGAAAUCAUGAUGUAUUACGAAGAACAGUAGAUAUCUCCAGCGCAUGGAGGUGAAAAUGAAACUAUCAGUGGAGAACGAAGAAGUACCAAAAUGUGCGAUUUCUUGUUAUUGUACAUUUAUCACUAAUUAUUCUCAUGUUCUGUAAAAUAGAGAGCAGGGUUUGCAAGAUUUAACCCCCUUAGAAGUCGAACAUACUUUAGAAGCUUAGAUGUAUUAAUUAAAUGCCAAUGUAUAGUAAGGUCUAUUGAGUUUGUCUAACAAAAGC